ACAAUGAUAAUAAGAAACAGUUGUAGGAUCCUCCUUCGCAUGAAUCGGAACAUAGUGAGGAGAAACCUAAAGUUCUUUUCAUGCAAUCAUAUUUCAAAAGUGAACUUCAGUACUUCCCUUCAAGAUAAUCAAAAUGGAGGACCCGAGAAGAAGAUAAGCAACGGCUCGGACGACUUUAAAGACUUUGAAAAAUCGGAUGUGUACCAGACUCUUAAAGGAAAAAUUAAGGAAAUCCUUGAGAAGGAGAAAAUUGUGCUCUUUAUGAAGGGAACCCCGGAAAGUCCUCUGUGCGGGUUUAGCGCAAAGGUUGUCCACAUACUGAAUAAUAUGAACGUAAAGGACUACGUAUACAUCGACGUAAUGAAAAACAACGACUUGCGCGAGGCGAUAAAGAUUUACAGCAAUUGGCCCUACAUUCCCCACUUAUACGUAAAUAACAACUUCGUCGGUGGUUACGACAUUAUCUCAGAUUUGUACACCAGUGGAGAGCUACAGGAGAUGGUCAAGUAAGGCGUUUCAGACUUUCCCUGCUUCUGCUUUUUGUCGCAAAAAUGGGAUACACACAGGAAGAACGCUGUUUUUUGUGGGUACAGUCGGAGAUGUGCGCGUCGUUCGAAAUGGGCAUGCCCAGGCGGCAUGUUCAUGCGGGGCGAGCGUUUG